AUGUUAGGAGAUGGUCGCGAGGAGGCCACCAGGCUCUAUGUACCACCUCUCCUCGAGGAUGACGAUCGCAUCGUUGAUCCCGACACUUCCGAAGACCUACCACCACCCGACGUUGAAGCAGGCCAUGCACUUCCCGUCUGGCUACGGGAAUCAUCCAAAUCGUUUCGCUGGGGAUGGGUUCCAUUGCCGUUGAGAAAGGUCGGUCGCUCUGUCGCCCAUUGGGUGAAAGGCCCUGAUCCACCGCAUAUGCUUCUGUUGAAGCCGCUGUUCCCGCGAGUCCAAGAACUGCCCGUUCAAUACCUUGACCGUCUGUUGCCCAAACGCAAAUACAAAACUUUGCUUUUGAUGCUGCUAUAUGUGUCUUGGUUUUUGCCAUGGUUCCUUGUUCUGCUACACUCGCGCUCUUCUGGGUAUAUUGAAGGAUAUGGUCGGCCGCAGACUCUCUCGUGUUCGACGAACUUUUGGGAAUUUGAUAAUGGAUGUGGGAUAAAUGGAAACGAUUGCCGUCCGUUUUCUUCCUCGACCAUUGCUUUCCGGUGUCCCGCGAAUUGCCGUGACACUAAAUUAUUGGAGCCUCACAUUGUGGGGAACCAUACAUACAACUACCAGGGACUAGUUGUUGGAGGCCCUCAGCCCGAUUCCUCCGACCCGGCACUUUACCGUGCGGAUAGUUUUGUGUGCCAAGCUGCAAUCCACGUGGGCGCCAUUUCCAACGAUGGUGGUUGCGGCGUUGUGAAGCUUGAGGGCGCGGCGCACUCUUUCCCUUCAGUUAAGCAGAAUGGCAUUCUCUCUGCCGCUUUUCCAUCAACAUUCCCCAAGGCUUUCAGUUUCCUUGAGCUGUCUUCACCACAAGCUAGCUGCCCAUCAGACCCCCGUUGGACUUUGCUUGGAGUCACCGCUGCUGCUGUUGGCGUUUUGUGGCUUUUCUGCACGUCACCACCUAUUCUGUUUUUCAGUACAUUCUUUAUGGUGUUUUGUCAUACAGGACUGGUUGCCGACCCGCCCUCAUAUCCCACCUUGGCCGACCUUGUCUCCAGUCUUCUAUCACGACUACUGCCGGCUUCUUUUGUCGUCUAUGUCUUGUAUAAAUUCUGUGCGGCACCGCUUCUACAGCCUAUCUCCUCUCCCAUUUAUCAGUUCUCCAAGCUGCUGCUCUAUUUGCCUCCGCUCUUCAUUGGUGCAUUGAACAACUACACCUUCGCGCGGUUAAUCCCACUGCAGCGCCUGACCCCGAUGGACAUUCAGAAGCAACCAGGAGCUAAGUUCGCAUUGGCUCUUGUCAUUCCAACUGUCCUCGCGAUUGUUUUGAGUCAGGCAUGGCAGAUUCGCCAGGGAGGUUUGCUUCCGCGGUAUUUGAAGAUCUACUGCACUAUGUUGCUGAUCAUCUUGAUUUUACUCCCCCUUCCUGGUCUUCGACUUCGGAUCCAUCAUUAUAUCCUGGCCAUUCUACUCAUGCCGGGAACUGCUUUCCCUACCCGUCCGUCACUAAUAUACCAGGGUCUGUUGUUGGGUCUCUUCAUCAAUGGAGUCGCUCGAUGGGGCUUCGCUUCAAUCAUUGAGACUCCCGCCGCUUUGGGUGAGCAUGCAGCACUUGGUGAUGGAAUUCAUGGCUGGUGGGGAUCUACAUACCCCAACAUCACGGAAUCGUCCGUCAACAUCUCGCUUCCAGGGUUAGAUUCUGUUCACACUCACCGCGGCAACGGGAACAUCACCUUCUCUCUAUGGGAGCAUGAACGGAUGACCGAUCUAGCGGUCGACGGUGUCUCAGUUCUCCUGAACGACGUGGAGCGCUGGCGUGGAUAUCUCGACGAAGACAAAACAGGAGAAUUCACCUGGCACCGUCACGGCCAUGAUGGCCUUGAGCUACAGACCAAUCCCCGCCUCGUGAAUCGCGAUGUCAACGCCGAUACCAAACCCCAAUCAGUCUUACUCGUCGAUAGCGAUCCUGACGAUGAACCCGAAGACAUUUUCUUCCGAUUCGCAUUUUUGAGAGGUGCCGAGGCUGGUACAUACGGCCCGACAGGAGUCUGGCUGAGCGACGGCACAUGGUAUCCUCCUUCACCCCCGAAGGAGUAG